AUGACAUCUUUACCGCCGACAGAACCAACACAUGCUGAUCCAUCUUCUUCCGCCAUCACCCCAUCUUCGACCUCAGCGCCAUCAUCGACCUCACAAGCACCGUCAUUGGAGUAUACGCUAAGAAUCGGAACUCCCUCUGAUGCAGAUCAGGUCUCAAAGCUCAUUGGCGAAACAUGGUCUAAAUUCUUUGCUUAUUCAGUUACACCAGAAGACUUGGACACUUAUUUGACGACUUCAUUAUCGUCCAAACAGAUCAAAUCAGAACUGGAAAACGAUUCGAAAUAUAUAUUCAUUCUAGCUACUACCACCACCACCACCACCACCACCACCACCACUUCUUCUUCUUCAACUGCCUCAGAGAAUCUUGGGUCUACAGAGACAGUUGUGGGAGUAUCUCAAUUAGUCAUAGGAUCACAAACACCUGCAUCUACCAUCCCCCAAUCAGAUCCCGAACACAAACCAAUCGAACUUCAAAGGUUAUACGCUCAUCACUCUAUGCAUGGAUCAGGAUUAAGCCAAACUUUAAUGCAGAGAUCACAAGAGAAAGCAAAAGAAUUAGGUGCGAAGAGUAUCUGGUUGGGUGCUUGGGAAGGUAAUCAAAGAGGAAUAAGGUUUUACGAAAAAUCAGGUUUUCAAGUCAUCGGUGAAAAAACUUUCUUUGCUGGUAAUUCGAAACGAAGAGACUUAAUCUUGGAAAAGUCACUAUAA